UGGAUCUGCUGCUGCUGCUGCUUCAUUGUUUCUGCAGAGCUGCUGCACACAGUCUGAUCUCGACUGAUUCUGUCUGUGCAGGAGGAUUUUAACAAGAAAAAUGACUCUCACCCGCUCUAAGAAACUUGCAGUCAUUCCACCUCCAUCCAGCAGGAUGAGUUUGAGGAGCUUUCGCAGUGUCCGACUGGUUCCCAUGGAAACUUCUUCAUCUGAUGACAGCUGCGAUAGCUUUGGCUCAGAUGGAGGCUUCGCAAAUACGAGGAGCAGCUUAAGACCGCAGAGGAGGUCGGCACAGAAACCUGUGGUGUGUGCGGCCACGUCAGAGGAGGACACAUGCAGCGGCUUUGAGGAAAUUUCAAUCUACAGGCAGAUGAAAUCCAUGAAAGUAGACUCUGAAACUCCACGACGUGGACGCAGGUCCAACGUGCUGAAAGUUGCCAUGACGUUCCCCACCAAGAAGCAAGGAAAGAAGAGGCCUGUGUCUGAACCUCUCCCUCAACCUAAAGUACCCGAGUGUGACUCUGAGGAGGACGAGGACAACGUCAUGGACAAGAGAGCGCUGAAUAUAAAGGAGAACAAAGAAAUGCUCGCAAAGCUCAUGGCAGAGCUGAACAAAGUAUCUGGACUUCUCCCGAGACGAAUGGCACUGUCAGCCUCCUCUACGCCCAGACAGGCACCGCGGCGGUCCAUGGGAACGCCAGGGCAUUGCAGGAGAAACCCAGAGCGUUUGUCUCGACCCCACACGCGAUCCCGCACGCUGGUGGAUGGACCUCCGAGCCCGACUCCAGAGGAGGAGGAGCCCGAGGACAAGUUCAGCUUGGUUCGCAAAGGUCGCUACUUCGAGGAAGUCGAUGAGCCACCCCGUCGCCGUUUCUGCAACGGCAUCAGAUCCCUCCCCCACGUGGUGCGGCCUGUGGAGGACGUGACAGAGGCCGAGCUGCAGGGUAUCUGCGACAAUGUGCGGGAGAAAGUUUACAACAGUUCCACUGGAUCCACUUGUCACCAGUGCCGUCAGAAAACAAUCGACACCAAAACAAACUGCCGUAAUCCGGAGUGUGUGGGGGUGAGAGGUCAGUUCUGUGGCCCCUGUCUCCGUAAUCGCUACGGAGAGGAGGUCCGAGAUGCUCUGUUGAAUCCGGUGUGGCAUUGCCCGCCCUGCAGAGGCAUCUGUAACUGCAGCUUCUGUCGCGCCCGCGAAGGUCGCUGUGCUACUGGAGUUUUGGUUUACCUGGCCAAAUACCACGGCUUCGAUAAUGUGCACGCGUAUCUGAAAAGCUUGAAAAAGGAGCUGGAAGAAAGCAGCCAGUGAAGUGUGGAGGAGGAACCAGCUCGUGGACCAACCUGACCGAAGACCGAAAAUCAGUGCAUCUCUAACUGAUAUGAUUAUGACCACUUUGGCAAACGCACAGUUCGAAUGUUGUUUCGUGUUUCAAGUUUUCUUCCACGAAUACUUGGCAAAGUUUGUUGAUGCUUCAUACUGAUUGUGACAUUUGACCUUUUUUGUAGUUUGAGUAUUGCUACUCAUCCAGGUCUCUCUACUGUAAACUGUACGCUUGCCUUCGCUGUAGAUUUUUCCUGAGCCCUUGUAUCAGGACUGGAUGCUUGUAAAACAGGGAUGUCCCGAUGUUGAGCUCAAGUAUCGGGUCAAAGCUCGAUCUGGACAUUUUCUAACUAAUCACCCUCUCGAUCACAUGUCCCCAAUCUUUUACUCCAGCUGAGUUUUCCCUCCCACAUGUGCUGCCUGUUGGCUACGUUAGUGAGCAAGUCCUUCAUGUGGCUCAGUUGUAACUCUAGUUUGUAUCUAAUUGGACAUAUUUUAUAUACAUAUACAUAUUUUCUUUUCUUCUUUCCCUCUCGACGUCUACCAGGAAUAUUGUAAAUUUUACUGACGGGGACCAUUUAAAAAAAUUGUACUGUACUGUACUGUAUUGGCAGAUACUCCAAAGUAUAAUCAUACUAGGGAUGGGAUUGAAAUCGCAGGCUGAAAAGGCUCAUUGGGACGUCCCUAUUUUGAAUUAAGAUGCAACAGGAAACUUCUUAACCUCAAAUUUUGUUGACUUGACAAGUCCACACUGUCUGUCGCUGUAAAUGCUUAACGCGGUUGCAUUGUUCUAAGAUGUAAAUAUUCCCCACCUGCUCUUUUCACAGCUGAAUCAUCCUAGCUGCUGCGAACAAAGAGAACAUUCCAGCUUUUUUGUUGUUGUUGAAUCAUCUACUGUAUUUUACAUUGUUUUAAAUGUAUCACGUUUACCCAACUGACAUGCAAGUGCAUUAUCCCCCAAAGAGAUCAAUUUUAUUAAAAAUAAGCUUGUGUUUUUGACAAGA